CAUCUCAAACAACAACACUCCAAAAGCUGUUUUAAUUCAUCAAUUCCAUUUUCGUCUUCUUUUGCACCUCUCUUGUUCUGAUCGCCACCGUCGGAUCAUGGCCGCCACUGUCUCUACCGUCGGAACCGUUAACAGGUUUAACUUGAAUGGGUAUGGUGCUAGUACAUCAGUACCAAGCUCAGCAUUCCUGGGAAACAGCCUGAAGAAGGUGGGCUCAAAAAUUAACCGCCAGAGGAUUCUUGCUAAGAAUUUCAAGGUUGCAGCGGAAUAUGAUGAGCAAAAACAGACCUCAAAGGACAGAUGGAAGGGACUUGCCCAUGACAUGUCUGAUGACCAGCAGGAUAUUACAAGAGGAAAGGGAAUGGUGGACACCCUUUUCCAGGCCCCAAUGAAUUCUGGAACUCAUUAUGCAGUCAUGAGUUCACAUGACUACAUCAGUCAAGGCCUCCGCACGUUCAACUGGGACAACAAUAUGGAUGGAUACUACAUUGCUCCCGCAUUCAUGGACAAGAUUGUUGUUCACAUCACAAAGAAUUUCUUGAGCCUACCAAACAUUAAGGUUCCUCUUAUCUUGGGUAUUUGGGGAGGUAAAGGUCAAGGGAAAUCGUUCCAAUGUGAGCUUGUCUUUGCCAAGAUGGGAAUCAAUCCCAUUGUGAUGAGUGCUGGUGAAUUGGAAAGUGGGAAUGCCGGAGAGCCUGCAAAACUGAUUAGGCAAAGGUAUCGUGAGGCCGCAGACAUAAUUAGGAAGGGAAAGAUGUGCUGCCUCUUUAUCAAUGAUCUUGAUGCAGGUGCUGGUAGGAUGGGUGGAACCACCCAGUACACGGUCAACAAUCAAAUGGUGAAUGCUACCCUCAUGAACAUAGCUGAUAACCCAACAAAUGUCCAGCUUCCCGGACAGUACAACCAGGAGGAGAAUCCCCGUGUUCCCAUCAUAGUUACAGGUAAUGAUUUCUCCACUUUGUAUGCCCCUCUAAUCCGUGAUGGUCGUAUGGAGAAAUUCUAUUGGGCUCCUACUCGGGAAGAUAGGAUUGGUGUGUGCACUGGUAUCUUCAGGACUGACAAUGUUCCCAAGGAGGACGUUAUCAAGCUUGUUGACACUUUCCCCGGCCAAUCUAUUGAUUUCUUUGGUGCAUUGAGAGCAAGAGUAUACGAUGAUGAAGUAAGGAAAUGGAUUGCAGAAAUUGGAGUGCAAAAUGUUGGGAAAAGACUAGUGAAUUCAAAGGAAGGACCUCCAACAUUUGAGCAGCCAAAAAUGACUAUUGGGAAGUUGCUUGAGUAUGGAAACAUGCUUGUCCAAGAACAGGAUAAUGUAAAGAGAGUGCAACUAGCUGAUAAGUACUUGAAAGAGGCAGCUCUUGGAGAUGCUAAUGAAGAUGCUGUGAAAAAUGGAAGCUUCUAUGGCAAAGCAGCACAGCAGGUUAAAGUUCCCAUCCCAGAAGGCUGCACUGAUCCAUCGGCAACAAACUAUGACCCAACUGCCAGAAGUGAUGAUGGAACCUGUGUAUACAACUUUUAGGCCUCUGAGAUUGACUUACCUAGUCUGCUAAACUAAUAGUAACUGUGUCAUAAAAUUGUAUUAUAUAGGAACCCCUUUGUUUCUUUGGUCUCAAGUGCUCUGAUUCUUCAAGUUACAUGUAGCCAUACAACUUCCCUAUGUAUGAUAUGUGAAAUUUUUUCUUAGCCACGCACAGAUGCUUCUAAUCUCG